CACUUAUGGAAUAACUAGGGCCAAUGCAGACCAUCGCAGAGUAUGUAUGCCCACUACAGCGUUGGUCGCGUCCCUGCAGGGAUACACGGGUCCUUCCGUCAUCCUCCUCCAGCCCAUUCCAGGACCGACCAACGGAUGCUGCUUGGGUCAAGGUACUCCGUGUCUUCUCUCCGAUCGUCGCAUUCCAGCCCUUCCGCAGCCCACGUCGCCAAUGUCCUCUGCCUCGGUGUGCCCUGGUCAUGACUAUCUCAAGGCUCCUGCAUUCCACCCAUUCGCGGUCCUGGGUUCUAACAGAACAGAAGCCAUGUAUACUGGACGGUAUGAUCAGCGCGUGUUGCUCUUCCCAAGAGGCCCCUAUUUAAAUCCCAUUACACGCGCACCGUGAAUGAAGAGCAUCUACACACUCCUUUGACCAACCCAACGAAGCUCGACGACACUCGUUUUCACGACCAGCACCGCAGGACUUAUCAUCAUAUUCGCCCAGAAAAGAUGUACUUCUCGAAGAUCCUCGCCUCGGCAGCGCUGCUCGUCCUGCCCGCCUAUGCAGGUUUCCCCGUCGCCAGCGUGGAUUUCCAAGCCUGGGAGUCCUGCCCCGCCGGUGCUUCAGCUCCAGGUGAACCCAAGGGCAACGAUGGUGUCAUCGCGACUCCCGUGACCUGCGACAAGGCCGCCGUUAAACGCGACUGGAGCAUCGAUUACUACUCCUUCAGGGCAUAUCUCGACACCAAGGACGCCUUCCUGUGCUCUGGUGUGACCGUCUGGAACAAUGAGGAUUGCACUGGCAAGCCCUUUUACUUCCUACCCUUCGAGGGCGAGCCCGUUGUUCAGGGCCAGUGCCUGCCCGAUAUCUUCGAUGGUGGCUACGUUUCCGUCCGACUCGAGUGCUUUGGCUUCUCCGAUGGUCCUGAGAGCUCUUAUGGUCCUGAAAGCUCCAAUAGUCCAGAGAAUUCCUAUGAUCCUGAGAACUCCUAUGGUCCUGAGGACUUUUAAAUGAUGCGUACAUCAAGGCCGCACGGUCGGGCGCACGAAAUAUGACAUGAGAAAGUGGGUGGCCCUGUACUUUUUAGAUAGCUAUGAUUUUUUUUUUUUACGUCCCUGUUUUUCAAAUUAUGAUGUAUCUCAGUUAUAAUCCAUGAUAAAUAUCCAUUGGUGUCGAAAA